AUGGUCUCCAGUCUGGAGAUCCGUUCCACCUUAAAUAUUGCCAACAGUCAGGAGUGGACGCUGAGCAGAUCCAUCCCAGAGCUGAGACUGGGCGUUCUGGGAAGUCUUCGAAGUGGCAAGUCAGCGCUGGUGAACAAAUACAUCACAGGCAGUUAUGCUGCAAUUGAGAGGCCUGAUGGUGGAAGGUAUAAAAAGGAAGUGCUGGUGGAUGGACAGAGUCAUUUGCUACUGAUCCGGGAGGAAGCUGGGCCACCUGAUGCUCAGUUUUGUAGCUGGGUUGAUGCAGUGAUCCUGGUUUUUAGUCUGGAAAACGAGGCCAGUUUCCAGGAGCUGUACCAGCUCUAUAGCCAGCUCGGUGCACACCGCUCUGACAUCCCAGUCAUCGUUGUCGGCACCCAAGAUAAAAUAAGCAGCACCAACCCUCGUGUAAUUGAAGAUCAGAGAGCCAGACAGUUGUGUAUUGAUGUGCGCCACUCGUUGUUUUAUGAGACCUGCGCCACCUACGGCUUCAACGUGGACAGAGUGUUUUCAGAGGCUGCCCAGAAAAUUGUGGUGCAAAGGAAACAUGCAGCACUGCAGGCAUGCAAGUCUCUGCCCAACUCCCCCAGCCACUCUGGAGGCUCCACACCUGGGUCAGCUUCAUUCCCUGGACAGAAUCGAGACAUGGAUAAAAAAGCUGGUGACUCAAAGGCAGAUCUGAGCAGCAUGCGGGGUGUUCCCAUAAAGCAGGGCAUCCUGUGGAAGAGAAGUGGUAGCUCUCUGAAUAAAGAGUGGAAGAAGAAAUUUGUCACCCUGUCCAACAAUGGCACCCUGUCUUAUCACUCCAGCUCAAGUGACUAUACCCAGAACAGCCAUGGGAAGGAAAUUGACCUGCUGCGAGUGACAGUGAAGGUUCCAGGAAAACGUCCUCCAAGAGCUGUGGCACCUGCAGGUCCAUCACCUGUCCCCCCAGGUGCUUUACCUGGAGUUAACGGGCUCAGCAAGGAGCUAACAACAGCUGACAGCUCCAGCACAGAUGAAGAAAAUGCAGACUUUAUUAUAGUUUCAUUCACUGGGCAAACUUGGCACUUUGAGGCUCAGAACCUAGAAGAGAGGGACUCGUGGGUCUCAGCUGUAGAGAGCCAGAUCCUGGCAAGCCUGCAGUCCUGCGAGAGCGGCAGAAACAAGGCACGGAGGAGUAGUCAGAGUGAGGCUGUGGCGCUGCAGGCUAUCCGAAACACCAAGGGCAAUGGUCUGUGUGUAGACUGCGAAGCACUGAAUCCCACCUGGGCCAGCCUCAACCUUGGUGCGCUCAUCUGUAUCGAGUGCUCCGGGAUCCAUCGGAAUCUGGGCACUCAUCUGUCCCGGGUUCGUUCUCUAGACCUGGAUGACUGGCCUGGAGAGCUUACACAGGUCCUGGCUGCCAUUGGAAACCACAUGGCCAACAGCAUCUGGGAGAGCUGUACUCAGGGCCGAACCAAACCGACACCAAACGCAACACGCACCAGACUUAUACCACCACCCAGUGACAUGCCCCUCUGUGUGACCACAGCAGAUGUGAGGAAGACCCUCCAGGGAAUCAACCCCCAUAAGGCUGCAGGCCCAAAAAACUUCCUAGGGUGGUCCACCACUAUUGACCCUGUACCCAAGUGCUCUAUAGUGACAGGCCUGAAUGACUACCGACCUAAAGCCUUAACAUCGGUAGUCAUGAAGUGCUUUGAGAGGCUGGUCAUGACCCACAUCAAGGACUCCAUCGACGUCACUGUGGACCCACAUCAGUACGCCUAG